AUGGGAAGAGCUCCUUGCUGUGACAAGACCAAAGUGAAAAGGGGACCUUGGUCUCCAGAUGAAGAUGAAGCUCUCAAGAACUACCUUCAUACACAUGGCACUGGUGGCAACUGGAUAGCCUUACCUCCGAAAGCUGGUCUCAAACGUUGCGGUAAGAGUUGUCGUCUGAGAUGGCUGAAUUACCUCAGACCAGACAUCAAACAUGGAGCAUUUACUGAAGAGGAAGACAACAUUAUAUGCAAUCUCUAUAGUAAAAUGGGAAGCAGGUGGUCUGUCAUAGCUGCUCAACUACCAGGAAGAACAGACAACGAUGUGAAGAAUCACUGGAACACCAAAUUGAAGAAGAAAUUAUUGGCAGCCAAAAGCAACCCUACAAGCAACAUGAAUGAAGAGAGCACUUACAACCAUGCUUCUCUUCAUUUCUCAACACCCUAUCCAGUUUUUGUACCAAAGGUUGAAGCAUGUGAUCCCGGAGUUUCGGCUUUGUUAAAUCAGUUUACUGCACCAACAAUGCCAUUUUUAAUGGAUGUGAAUUAUGGGCAAACUUUUAAUUCACAAAGCAUGGUCCAUGAUCCAAGUCACUCCUCUCUUCUUGGAAUCUCUGGGUCAUCUGAAUUUGGCUUUGGUGCCAAAAAUAGUCACUGUUUUACGUGGUCCGAAGAAGGUUCAAGCAUUUCUGGUUCUUCCUCACUGGCUAUGGACAACAAUUAUGGGUCAUGGUCUGGUAAUGGAGCUGGUGGAUAUGAAGGGUUAUCCAUGGGUUUAGGUACUGGGUUUCCUUAUGAUCUUAUGAGUGGCAAUUGGUCACAAGAGACAGUCCUUGAAGCUGUCCCUAGUUCAUAUGCAACUAUGGUCAACAAACCACUAUGACUGUGUCAAAAUGUCACUAACCCACACAGAAGCUGAGAGCUAGGGAUGAUUUUCAGAUGUCUUAGUAGUAUUUAUUUAACCUCUUGGCUCUGUUUAUUGAUUCAAAAUAUAUAUAACUAAUUUGGGUCAAAGUGAAAGUAUUAGUUCAGAUGCAUUGUUCUAAUUAUUUUUAGAUUCCCUAGU